AUGGCACAACCUGAAAUGAGUGAGGCUGACCAAAUCAAAACAUUCAAAGACUUCUUGGUCCAGUACAACAAGCUGUCUGAGUUGUGCUUCAAUGACUGCAUACAUGACUUCACCACGAGAUCACUGAAGCCAUCGGAGGAUAAAUGCACAAUGAAUUGCAUGGAGAAAUAUCUCAGAACAAAUCAGCGGGUGUCACAAAGAUUCCACGAGUUCCAAAUGCUGGCUAAUGAAAAUAUGCUUGCACUAGCACAGAAGACAGGUCAAAGUUAG